AUGGCGGAGGCCGAGGCCGUGUACCGCUACGAGUCCGGAAACAUCGCGCAUGCCCCGAAGAAGGACUACGGUCCUUUAGACUUCACUGGAAAGUUGGCGGGGGGCCUGCGACUCGACAUCCACAGGCGAGCACCGCUGUACUGCAGUGAUUGGACGGAUGCCUUCACACCGGAGAACUUCCAGAAAUCGGUAUCGUCCAUUUUGUAUCUGUUCAUCGCAGCCCUUGCCCCUGCGAUUACGUUCGGCAGUCGGUUCCUUGACGGCACGAACGGCCAGUUCGGAGUGAUGGUCAUCUGUCUUGGCAUUUUGUAUGGGUUGAAGGCAAUUAAGGAGACGUCGGUGGUGUUCCCUUUCUUCAUGGCGUCCCUUGCCAUCAUCCGCAAGGCCAUGAGGUUCAUGUUCACGGAGGAUGAACUGAAGCAGCUGGACGGCCUUCCAGGUGAGGACGAGGAGGAGGAUGCCGCGAUGUCGAAGCCGGACAUCGUGAAUCUGGAUGCGAAAGAGCCAGCGGCUUCAAGCGGUUCGGAUGCCCCAGACUCCGGUCAGGAGGAGCAAGCAGGUGCUGCACCAGCAGACUCCGACGAGCCGAACCUGCAGGACCCCACGCACGCAGAUCCAGCUUCCUGCGGCGAGCAGGAUGCGCAGGAGCAAGAGCACGCCGAUGUUCCCGACUCUGGUGAGCAGGAGCAAGCAGAUGUGGAUCCACCAGCAGAUGGCCUCGAGGAGAAGUAG